AUAUUAAAAGAGAAACAGAGGCGAAGGUGGGCUACAUAAAAGAUGGCAAAUUUUGUUUUGAGACUGCCAGCAACCAGUUUCAGGAGCUUCUCUAUUUCAGCUUCAUCAAAUGGGGCUGUUCCAGGGACAAGUACUAGAGCACAAAAUGGAGGGCCAGUGAUCUUAGAGUUGCCACUUGAUAAGAUAAGGAGGCCAUUGAUGAGAACCAGAGCUAAUGAUCCAAAUAAGGUGAAAGAACUCAUGGAUAGCAUCAAAGAAAUUGGUCUUCAAGUACCUAUUGAUGUGCUUGAGGUCGAUGGAGUUUACUAUGGAUUCUCGGGUUGCCAUCGUUAUGAAGCUCACCAGCGCCUUGGGCUCCCCACAAUUCGUUGCAAAAUUCGACGUGGAACUAAAGAAACUCUAAGGCAUCACCUCCGCUGAGUCCUGGUAUGAAGUCUUUUCCAAGUGAUUAAUCUGUAACUUAGUUUGGAUAUCGCUAUUAUCCUGGACCGCUGGACUCUUAUUGCAAGUAAUUACAAGGGUUAUAUCAAUAUCACAUAUAUACAAGUGUUAGAGUUUAUACAUUUUAUCAUUCUAAUAAAAAUGGUCAUACACAAGCUGCUUUUAUGACUCUAGUAGUUUUGAA